GCUCUCCUCGAGAUAAACGGAUCCUACAUCCGACCCGACUCGCCCGCCUUCGUGACGCUCCACCGGGUUCUGCUGUCGUCCGGCGGCGGGUUCUCGUACGCGAGCAGGGAGAAGGUGGUGGCCUGCGAGGGGGCGAGGUUCGAGAUUUACGCUGGUGAUGUCAAGUUGCUGAAGGGGAUUUUCAGGAGAGAUGAUGGUGGUGAUGAGAGAGAAAGUAACUGGAAGAUUGACUGCAAGUGUGCGCUCUCGGCGGACGACGACGUAGUCGUCGUCGACGGGGUGAGGGAUGCUGAGGUGUCUGUGACGGUGGCCGGGGAUGGACCGGCCGCUGUGGUGGUGACCGAGAAGGUGGCGAUGGCGGCGGCGUUGCGACGGCGGCGGAGGAGGAGGAGAGGGGGUUGCUGUGAGCUGGAGGAAAUUCCGGAGGAGAGGGAGGGGGAGAUCGGAUCGGAUGAGUGCUGGUGCUGCGAUUGUGGUGGUGGUGAUGGGGAGGAGGAAAUGGACGGCGGAGAUGGCGGGGUGGAGGUGGAGGCGGAGAUGGAGGCGGUGCGGUGGGCGGUGGAUGUGGGGAUUUGGGUAGUGUGUAUUGGAGUUGGGUAUUUGGUUACUAAAGCUUCUUCUUCCAAAAGAUUGAGGAGAAAACGUUUCAUUUAAUUUAUCCACCAAAUUUUGGAUUCAAUUUUGUAAUUAGGAACUCUUAAUUCAUUGUAGAAUACUAGUAUUAUUUUAGUUUUACAAAUUGAGGAGGAGUUAUUAGCACACACAACCUGUGUAAUAUCUAAUUGUCGAAAAAAUUCCUGUGUUAAAAAAAAUAGUUACAACGCCCCUAUGUUAUGUUUUACAAAGCACACGGCUCCUCACAUUAAAAUUGGUUUUUGAUUUAAAUGAAGUGACAUGAUUACCC